AUGCACAAGUCAAAGAUAAACCAAGAAGCAAGCGGACCAAAGGACCCCCGUUACAUGUAUGCCAACCCCCACCAUCCCGGAACGUGCUGGAUUACAGCGUUGGGAUUGUACCUUGCUUGUCGGCCUACUUUAUCGCCUGGACCGCUCUUUCCUGGUUCCGAGCAAAAAGCUCGUUUUGGAAACAUCUUGCGUCAGCUGAUAGGUGAGCUGAAGCAACAAACACACUACGGGACGCAUUCGAUUAGAAAAGGUGUUGCUACAUUUGCUGCUGCGGGUGACCAGUACCUUGGACGAGUUGUUGCUGGCCUCCCGCUGAACAGUCCGUCAUGUGCUGUGCCGCCGCCCCAUUUUGGAGACAACGAGGACCCGACGGUUGCAGCAUGUGUCCGUCAAAUGUACCCAUCUUUA